GCCGUGACUUCUCCCUCUCGCACCUCCCCACCCCGCUCGUCGAAAUGGCCCUGAAAGCCGCCGUCUCCGUCCACGCCGCCGUCACUCCCCCUCCUCUCCGCCGCCUCCUCUCCUCCUCGAGGUCCGCGGCUCGCAGGCUCGCGAGGGUUUCGGCGGCGAUGGCGGUGCAGCCGGCCGUGGUCGUGGGCGGCGGGCGCGUGGGGCAGGCGCUGCUGUCCAUGGGCCCGCCGGGAGGGGACGUGCUCGUGGGCCGCGGGGAGAAGGUGCCCGACGACGCGCCGGGGCCCAUACUGGUGUGCACGCGCAACGACGAUCUCGACGCCGUGCUCGAGAACACCCCCAAGUCGCGGUGGCGCGAUUUGGUGUUCUUCCAGAAUGGAAUGCUGGAUCCAUGGUUUCAGAGCAAGGGGCUAGUGGACGCAAAUCAGGUCUUGGCGUACUUUGCUGUGUCAAAACUCGGAGAGCCACCAGUCGACGGGAUCACUGACACCAACCCAGAGGGUCUGACCGCGGCAUUUGGCAACUGGGCCCCAGCAGUGGCUGCCCGCCUGCAAAAUGGCGGGCUUACCUGCAAGGUGCUUGAAAAGCAAGCCUUUCAGAAGCAAAUGCUAGAGAAGUUGAUCUGGAUUUCAGCUUUCAUGCUUGUUGGUGCUCGGCAUCCAGGGGCUACUGUUGGUGUGGUUGAAAAAGACUACCGAUCCGAGGUUGCGAGCCUGAUAGCUGAAUUAGCAUCUGCUGCGGCUGCAGAGAGGGGGCUUACAUUCGACGAAGGUAUUGAAGAGAGGUUGUGUGCAUACUCCAGAGCUGUGGCACACUUCCCUACUGCCGUAAAAGAGUUCAAGUGGAGGAAUGGUUGGUUCUACUCUCUCACCGAGAAGGCCCUUGCAGAAGGAAAGCCAGAUCCAUGCCCACUCCACACAACUUGGCUCAAGGAGAUUAAGGUCAUAUAGAAAUUGUCAUGUAUAUGUGAUGAGGUCUUGGAUUCAGUUUUAAGUGUUCAUUUUAUCUAUGUAGAGAAUUGCAUAUGCUGUCGGGUACUUUAGGUGCCUCUUUGAAUUGGAUGCUUGUCGCCUAUUACACUUGUAAUUUCCAUGUCACCUGUGCAAAAGUGAACAAUUGUGCCAUUGUAUGUGAAUUUUGUGCCCGAGCAUGUUACUGCCCUGUAUGAAGUUAUUAUUCUGAGUUCUGAUCACCACAA